AUGGUUAAGGCGAAGAAAGCGAAGCCGUCGUUGUCGAGCAAUUUCGACGACAAAAUCUCAUCGCUAAUCUAUCGUAUGCUCGAUGAAAAGUCGUUGGAGAAGCAACGGAUGAAUGAAGCAAAACGAAUUCGUCGGGAAGAGGACGAUAUGCUUGAAGAAAGCUUGUCUGAAGAGGAUGACUUUGCGGAUGUCUCUUUGGCCAGAGAUCUAAGUUUCGGCGAGGUGCUAGCUUUUAUACUAUCCAAAGACUUAUCAAUGCAGCGGGUGAAAAAGGUACUUCUCGAAAAAACCGUCGAGAGAGUACUUAAACAAGCCGUGGCUGAAGAAGAGGAGCAGUUUUCUGCUUAUUUCGCCAAAGAAUCUUCAGCGAAGGCACAAGAAGAUGAAGACGAAAAGUUGAGUAAACAAAAUCUAAUGGUUGCACAGGACUCGAAUGAAAUGAAUAAGAGUGUCACCAGCCAAUGGAAAAUAGCGAAGACUGCAGAUGAAGAGGAGGAUGAAGAUCAAAAAAAGCAAACCACCAAAAAACGGUCCAAGGAUGGUAGCUCGAAACCAAAGAGACAAAAAACUCAGGAGGACAGAAGUCCUCCAAACAGUAAUUUAUCUUCUUUGGGGGGCAUGGAAGAUGUGGUGGCACAAUUAAUGGAGCUCAUCGGGCUGCCGAUUUUACAUCCAGAGAUAUUCGCUUCCACCGGUGUCGAGCCUCCUCGUGGUGUUCUCUUGCACGGGCCACCCGGCUGUGGUAAGACUUCGAUUGCGAAUGCACUUGCAGGUGAGCUUCAAGUCCCAUUCAUAUCGAUAUCCGCACCUUCCGUCGUUAGUGGAAUGUCUGGCGAAAGUGAAAAGAAGAUCAGAGAUCUGUUCGAAGAGGCCAAGAGCCUUGCACCAUGUCUAGUAUUUUUUGAUGAAAUCGAUGCCAUCACACCAAAAAGGGAUGGUGGAGCCCAAAGAGAGAUGGAAAGAAGAAUUGUUGCUCAGUUAUUGACUUCUAUGGAUGAGUUGUCGUUUGAAAAAACAGAUGGCAAACCUGUUAUCAUAAUCGGAGCUACGAAUAGACCAGAUUCCCUCGAUGCAGCUUUGAGACGUGCUGGUAGAUUUGACCGGGAGAUUUGCCUCAAUGUUCCUAAUGAGUUAUCUAGACUGCAUAUCUUGCGGAAAAUGUCUCAAAACCUGAAGAUAGAUGGUGAUAUUGAUUUUUCUAAGCUCGCAAAACUCACGCCGGGUUUCGUUGGCGCUGACCUUAAGGCAUUGAGUACUGCUGCUGGUACGUGUGCAAUCAAACGCAUUUUUCAAGAUUAUGCUUCAUCGCCACAAGCGUCACCCGGUUUGAUGGAAGUUGAUGGCGGCUUUGGUUCUAGCGAUAUUGCCAUGGAGUUGAAGAACACAGCCAAUAUGAUAGAUCCACUGCCUCUAUCCACAGUACAAAAGUUUUUACAGAAUUUCCCGCAGCCACUGUCUCAAGAGCAGCUCAGUUCCCUUUCCAUAAAAUAUGAAGAUUUCCUAAAGGCUUUGCCUACGAUACAGCCCACCGCGAAAAGAGAAGGAUUUGCAACUGUUCCUGACGUAAGCUGGUCAAAUAUUGGUGCUUUGAACAAAAUCAGGGUUGAGCUGAACAUGGCUAUAGUCCAGCCCAUCAAACGGCCAGAGCUGUAUGAGAAAGUCGGUAUAAGCGCUCCGGCCGGGGUUCUAUUGUGGGGUCCUCCUGGUUGCGGUAAAACGUUAUUAGCUAAAGCUGUUGCCAAUGAAUCACGGGCGAACUUUAUUUCCAUAAAAGGCCCUGAGUUGCUCAACAAAUACGUUGGUGAGUCUGAGAGAUCAAUUCGACAAGUUUUCACAAGAGCUCGUGCUUCCGUUCCUUGUGUCAUAUUCUUCGAUGAACUGGACGCUUUGGUACCCAGAAGGGAUGCUUCUUUGUCCGAGUCAUCGUCUAGAGUUGUAAACACUCUUUUAACUGAGCUAGAUGGACUCAACGAUAGACAAGGCAUAUUUGUAAUAGGUGCUACUAAUCGUCCAGAUAUGAUAGAUGCUGCCAUGCUGCGACCCGGAAGAUUGGACAAGACACUGUUCAUCGAACUUCCGAACUUCGAAGAGAAGCUGGACAUCAUUAAGACCCUAACGAGAACUAAUGGUACUCCACUGGCCGAUGAUGUUGACCUUGAGGCCGUGAUUCGUGAAGAAAGCUGUAGAAACUUUUCGGGUGCUGACCUGGCGGCUCUUGUACGAGAAAGCUCCGUAUUGGCUUUAAAAAGGAGUUUUUUCAAGACAGAAGAAGUCCAUUCAGUCACCGAAAACAACCUGGAACAAGAGUUUGGCGAACUUACAACGUCAUCGACGGAUGUGCAGGUCAGCAUGAAUGACUUCUUACGCGCUUUGAGAAAGGUCAAGCCAUCCGUUAGCGAUAACGAAAGAACGAAGUACGAUAGACUCAACAAAAAAAUGGGGUGGGUAGAAGACAGUUGA